AUUCUCCAGGGUAGAAGCGGAGUAGCCAGAUAAUACCUAUCUGCUACAGUACUUUCGUCUAUUCUCUCCGGUAUGUGGACGCUGAUAGAAUAAUAGAUCGAGUUGAGAGAGACGGAGAGAGAGAGAGAGAUCCUUCCUAUCAUAGUAGCUAGGCCUUCAGAGCUGUUUCCUUCAGAGUUGAAAGAGUAAUUCUUUCUACUUCUGAUUCCUUAUCUUGAACUCCCCUGCGGCUGUCAAGGAAGAAGAGCAAAGCACCCAUCUUUCUGCCAUAUGGCAAAUAUGGAGAUCUGUAUAUAUGAGUGAAUUUACAGGCAUCUUUUCUCUAUGCAUAUAUAAAGAGAAGAAGGUCCAUCCGAUAGAAGUAGAAACAUCAGAAGGAAGGAGCUAGCUAAGUGGGAAGAGGAGAAUUGAGAAGAGUCUCUCCAUCGAGAAACUGGCGAAUCGUUGGUGGACCGGGCACUUGGGGCUUCCCGGAGUUGGACCGGCGUCCCCCGGUUCCUCCGGCCCCAAGAAGCUCAACCAGGUGAUGCCCCCAAAGGAAACCGAUCUCGGCAUUCGAGCUGAUGAAGAAGAGGAGAGAGACAACAGCGACGAGCCCAAGGAGGGCGCCGUCGAUGUCGCCACCCGCCGGCCCCGUGGCCGCCCUCCAGGCUCCAAGAACAAGCCGAAGCCCCCCAUCUUCGUCACCCGCGACAGCCCCAACUCCCUCCGGAGCCAUGUCAUGGAGGUGGCCGGUGGCGCCGACAUAGCAGAUUGCAUAGCCCAGUUCGCACGCCGCCGGCAGCGCGGCGUCUGCGUGCUCAGCGGCACCGGUGCAGUAGCCAACGUCACACUCCGGCAGCCAGCUGCACCGGCAGCGGUCGUCGCGCUGCACGGCCGCUUCGAGAUUCUUUCCCUCACAGGCACCUUCUUGCCCGGCCCAGCCCCGCCGGGGUCCAGCGGCCUGACGGUGUACCUUGCCGGCGGGCAGGGCCAGGUGGUGGGUGGCAGUGUCGUCGGUUCGCUCGUCGCGGCGGGACCUGUCAUGGUGGUCGCUGCGACGUUCGCCAACGCGACCUACGAGCGGCUGCCGCUCGAGGAGGAGGAGGAGGAGGAGGAAGGGCCCGGAGGCAGCGCCGGACAUCUGCCCUGCAGGUCGCCGGCGGCGAUGGGGACCGGAUUUCCUGACCCAUCUUCGCUCUCCAUCUACAAUUUGCCUCCAAAUCUGCUCCCUAAUGGUGCGCAGCUGGUCCACGACGCGUUCGCAUGGGCUCAUGCUCGGCCCCCAUACUAAAACCGAGAGGAAUCAAAUAGAAAGGGAAAGGAGAAGCAGGCAACCUCAUGUUCGAGCCCCAGCUGUGUGUACGUGAUACAUAUAUAUAUAUAUAAUGGGUCAUGAUGGAAUACUCUCAUGGUGAGCUUUUAUUUCUGUUUCCUUCGAUAGCGUGAUGUGCAGGAGUGAUAUUAAUAAUUAGUUUAUUGCACUUUGUAGCUAACAUAAAGUAGCUGGAUGUUAAAGAUGUCUCAUAAUUGUUGGUGAUUUGAGUUUGAGAAGGGUUGGAAACGGCCACGAAA